ACCCCCAGUCUCGCCCUUUCACCCUACCAUACAUAGUCCUGCGCUCGCGCCUACCUCCGACCCAGAAAGCUCAUCGUAAGGCCGCCUCAUCCCUACAGUGGAGGUGGUGCUAGCGAUGGUGAGUGCUGGUGGUAGUUGGCGGAUGGACAAAACCGACACCCCACGAAUGUGUGUGUGCGCGCGCGUACCAACUCCCCUCUCACCUGGCUGUUCGUUGCGCUCGUUGCGCUCGUUCAUGGCCCGUCAGUCUAUCGGUAGCCUGCGUACCAGUUGUGUCGCGGUGCUCGUGUAACGACGUCGUUAUUAUCUUUACUUAUAUAUAUAUAUAUAUAUAUAUAUAUGUAUAGAUAUAUAUAUAUAUACACAUAGAAAUAUAUAAAUAGAUAUAUAUAUAUACAUAUACAUAUACAUACAUAUACCCUUUGGCGUUACGUUGGCUCGUUUUUAUAACGACUCGCCUUACUAUACUCUCGAACGUCCCGUUUUUACGUCCACGCGCGUUCACAUCGGAAGGAAGUAUCAGUACCCACGCCUACAUUAUCAUCGUUUGUCUUGUUCGUUCUGAUCGUCGCUACCAGUAAGCCCACCACCUACCCCAUUUGGAAAGUUGCGCGCGCGUCCUCAUCUCGCGCUUUUCUGCUUUUAUGCACGAAACGUCCUCCUCCUUCUCCUCUACGUCGUCGGCAUCGUCGUCGUCGUCGUCGUCGUCGUCGUCGUCGUCGUCGUCGUCGUCGUCGUCGUCGUCGUCGACGGAGUGGCAGAGAGAAAGAGAGAGAGAGAGAGGCCUGUGAAAAUCUGGUUAAUAAAAAUAAAAAAAUUUGGAUACCGUAUGUGCUCGCACGCAAAGAAGAUCGUCGUUAAUCGAGGUGGAACAAACGAAAGGUGUUCUUCGAAUGUGAACGGAAGUUGCAACGUCACCAAAGAGAGUAAUGAUCGGCAAAUGAUCGGUGGUGCCGAACGCUGAGAAAUACAACGGUAGAUCAAUUUAUUUGCUCUUCUUUUUGACACAUCAAAUAGUUUUUUAAGUUAAGUCAAAAGGAGAGGAGAAACAUAGAGUUGCACACACCGUGCGCGUGUGUUCGUAUGUGCGGUGUGUAUCGAUUGCUCGAAAAUAGACGCGUGGGAACACCUGCAGGCUACGUAGACAUUCGCGGGCCCUCUCGUCCAUCCAUCUCGUCUCUCUCUUUCUCUCUUGGACAUCGCUCUUUCUCUCCCGUCUCCGUCUUGCCUUCUCGCUCUAUCUUAAAGACCCUUAGAGCGAACGCGUGACAGGUGCAUCGGUGACGACGGUGGCAGUAGCACCGCGACUUGCUUGGCCCUCGGCCGUCGUUGUUAUCGUUGGUGGUGGUUGCGGUGGAGGUGGUGGUGCAGGUGGUGCUAGUGCUGGUGCCGUCGUUGUUUCGUUUGGUGGAGGAGAUCGACUGUUGGUAGUGUUGGCAGUGGUGGUAGUGCUAGUGGAGGUGGACGUAGUAGUGGUGGUGGCGGCGGCAUCAGCGGCGACGGAGGAGGAGGAGGAGGAAGAAGAAAUAGAAGAAGAAGAAGAAAAAGAGGAAGAAGAGGAUAAGGCAAAGAAAGAAACGCAUCGUAAGAAGCGGAAGAAGAAGUGAACGAAGGGGAAUUAGAAAGAAAAGGAAGUGGAGGAAGCGGAAGUGGGCGGCAGUGAAGGAGGACGAGGAGGAGGAGGAGGAGGAGGAGGCGGUGGUGGUGGUGGUGGUGGUGGUGGUGGUGGAGGUGGGAGAGGGGGAGGUGGCAAAAGGGCCGAUUUUUUCUCCUCGAAAGUUUACUUCCACCGAUACGUCCUGGAGGCGCCCGUCGUCUUCGCCGGUUCAACCAUAACGCCUCCCGCUUUAAAACGCCCGAGACGGGAUACGGUGGACUCCUCACCGCCACCCGCUCGUACCGCAGCUUCCGGUAAACCCGGACCGUCCGGCAAAUUAGCCUGCACGAUGGACGCGCCGCUCUCUCAGAGCAUGGACUCCGUCAACACGGUGGCCACCGGUGAGGACGAGGUGCGCACGCUGUUCGUGAGCGGCUUACCGAUGGACGCCAAGCCUCGAGAACUGUACCUGCUGUUCAGAGCAUACGAGGGUUAUGAGGGAUCGUUGCUGAAGGUUACGAGUAAAAAUGGAAAGACGGCGUCGCCGGUGGGCUUCGUGACUUUCCAUACGAGGGCUGGUGCGGAGGCGGCCAAACAAGAUCUACAGGGGGUUAGAUUCGAUCCUGAUAUGCCACAAACCAUACGUUUGGAAUUUGCAAAAAGUAACACAAAGGUUAGCAAACCCAAGCAACCAGCCGCUGCAGCAGCCACCUCGCACCCUGCUCUGAUGCACCCUCUAACUGGACACAUAGGAAGCCCAUUUUUCCCUGGUGGUCCUGAACUAUGGCAUCAUCCAUUGGCGUAUUCAACAGCUGGAGAAUUACCAGGAGCUCUACAACAUGCAACGCUGGUGCAUCCAGCGUUACACCCUCAGGUCCCCGCUCCUAUGUCUUUACCACAUCCGACGACUUUAACAUCAAUACACGCAUCGCUGCCACACUUCUUACCAUCACCGGCAUUGGCGUCACCCGUUGGAUCGCCGUCAUCACAGCCGAAUAUCGCAGUUAGCAACGCUCCGUGCUCCACCCUGUUUGUCGCUAAUCUCGGUCAAUUUGUGUCCGAACACGAGCUUAAGGAUAUCUUCAGCAGUUUCCCUGGUUUCUCCCGGCUUCGUAUGCACACGAAGGGAGGGUCACCGGUGGCCUUCGUCGAAUAUCAAGACGUACGCUACGCGGCACAGGCGAUGUCCACUCUCCAGGGGUCCCUUCUCCUCUCCUCCGACCGAGGAGCGAUAAGAAUCGAAUAUGCAAAAUCAAAAAUGGCCGAGGUGGGCUUUACAAAUCUCUGGAUCGAAGGAUCAAAGAGAGAAGAAAACGGGCAACCUUAAGAUCGACAUUAAUGGGAUAUAAGAAGAAAAGCAAGAGAAAAACGGCAUAUUCUUACGGAGAAGGGAAAAAAAGCGCUGGCGUUCAUAAUGAAUUGGAAGAUUUCGCUAUGGCACAACAACACGAUGACAAACAACAGGAAACACAGCACAACAAAAACAAAAAGAACAACGACAAUUGGAUAUAUAUCGGGCGUAAAAAAUUUCCAAUUUAAUAUGGAAAAUGAAAAUAUAGAUAGGCGCGUAUUAACGUAUCGUAAAGAGUAACGUAACACACGCACAUACACAUACAUCUACAAAUACAUGCGAAAUAAAACAGGUAUUUACACGUACAUACAGAGAAGAAGUAAAAGAAAAAUGGGGAGAUACGAAAAUAUGAAUCACGAGGACGGGGUGAGGAGAGUCGUUCCACCUUGAUCCGUGCAGCACCAAUAGAUAAAUUUUGUAAUUUAUUCGGCGCAAUGGCGUUGGUUCGCGUCUCGCCGGGGGCCCAAUAAUCGUGUAUUCCUAGGUAUACAUAAUAUUUUUAAAGAAUUUAUCUUACCGAUUCGUAGCCGUGCGUUUUUCCCUAUAUAUAUAUUUUUUUUUAUUAUUAUUAUUAUUAUUUUCGCUGAAUUAUAUAUCAGAUGGAUGGACGACGACGAAGUGAAAGAGGAGAGUGAGAAAAAAAAUCAAGUCAUGCUGCGUGAGAUGAGGAGAAAAUGUGUGCGAGGAAGAGAAAGAGAAAGAGAAAGAGAAUAAAACGGAAAGACGAAAGUCGAAAAAAAUGAAGGAAGAUAACAGUCGACGAUAGAAACAAAUGGAUACGAAGGAUCCGCAUAUCGAGGAGUAUGUAAUUGAAGCUAAUUAAAGCUAAUUAUUAAAGCGCAAAACCACGCUUGUGCAUAGCCUUGUUGUCGAAAGACGAUCGGUUCGUAUUAUAAAUAAUGUAAAGAAGACAAAGAUGACACUUACAAAGAUAAAAAAAGAAGAAUAACGGAGAUAUCACACCGAAGAGCACAUAUAAUUUAUUUGCACGUCGCGCACAGAAGAUCGAGUAAGAUUCUCCUUAGGAGAUAAUUCGUGCCUCAAAACGCCGGCGAUGACGUCUCGACGUUCAUCAUAAAAAAAAAAAAAAACGGAAAAGAAAGAAGAACGCAACGAGCGUGCGCGCGCUGUCGUCUUGACGAGAAAAAGAAAGAAAUUGCGAUGAAGAGAGACGUAUGAGAAAAAGAAGAAAAAACAAAUAGAAUAAUUAUAUUAUCCAAUAAUAACAUUAAUAUAUACUAAUACUAAUAAUAAUAAUAAUAAUAAUAAUAAUAAUAAUAAUAAUAAUAAUUAUAAUUAUAAUUAUAAUUAUAAUAGUAAUAAUACUAAUAAUAAUAAUAAUAAUCAAGCGCUCGCGCAAGUAACGCUAUCCUUCGCAGCUUUUUACUUGAGACUAUAAGAAUUAACGAGGAAGAAAAAAAAAGAAAGAACAAAAAAUAGGUUUUAUACAAGAUGGCUAUCGUCGCCAUUGAACAAACGAUCUCUGUAAAUAACGGUCGGUUAUUUGAUUUUUAAGACGAACGACGAAGGAACGUUUUCGGUCGAUGCUUUCGAGAUGACUAAUUAGCGCGCGCGCACACGAACACAAACAUACAUCUUUUAUGGACAAUGUUGAUGAAGAGAGAUAAACGAAAAAAUAAGAGGAGCAAGCGUCGAAGGCUCGUAGAUGAAGUUACGUAUUUAUUAUACAAAGAGGAAGACGAGUUAUGUACAUCAAGCUUAAUACCAAAGGUGCCCUAAGAUGCGUGUAUUUAUGUUUUAUUAUCGGUGGAUUGCGAAGGUGCGAGCCAUAUGCGUUGCAUGAAUAUGUAUCUUGUUGAUAGAUGUGCAUCUAUUCACAUAGAAUGGAUAAAACGAAAGAACGUGGGUGUUCAGGUGGGAUGUUUAAGAGGAUGAUGUUGGUAAGGGAAGGGAAGGGUGUGAUAGAAAAGAAAAUAUAAAAAAUAGAAGAAAAAGGACGAAAGAUUUAGUAUGGUUUAGCGAAAAGGAUUAGAAGGGAGAGAAAGAUGAGGGGAGGGAGGGAUAAGAGAGAGAAAAAAGAUGGAGAAAAAUUAUUAAAAAAUCGAACGAGUAUUAAGUGAUAACCUUAUUCAUAUACAUAACGAAUGUGAACAUAUCAUAGGAUUAGGCGAUUAGGCAAGGGCAAAGAAAAAACGUGAGAAACAUUAUUAAACGAUCUGUUGUCGUGAUGUAUCGGAGAAGGAAAAAAAGAAAAAGAGGAAAAAAAAACGAGAGAAGAGAAAGCAGACAGAACAGGUGUUUUGCCAUGCGUGCUAGAUAAAAAAUAAACAGCGGCCAACUCGGCACGUAAUUUGUCCAAGUGCCUUCCCGUUGGUCGAGUCAUGCUUUAAUCGUAAACUGUAGAUAAAAGAGAAAAAAAAGAAUCUCUCGUCCGGAUGUUAAACGUCUGAAAAAAAAGACUAAAAAUUCAAUGUUUAUGCCUCUAGCGCUGUUUUUUCUUUCUUUCUUCUUUUUAUAUAUACAUAUAUGUGUAUGUAUGUAUGUAUGUAUGUAUGUGUAUAUAUGUAUAUAUAUAUGUAUAUAUAUAUAUAUAAUCAUCCACCGGAUUUAGGACGGUUUUAAGGCAAAAUUUUCCGCGUCUCCCUCGGGUCUGUUAAUGGCGUUAAUGCCGUAUCGAAGAUGUCGAGUAAAAACCUUAAACCCGCUGUUGUUAGAAUUAAAUCGAUAAUCGAAUAAAGCCGAGUUAGAUGAAAAAGAAUAAAAUAAUAAUAAAGCUCGUGUCAUUGCCUUAUGUAUAUAGGUACACAUUUCAUGCAGAAAUUAAAUGACGAAUAAUUGCAUUUUAGAGAUUUUAAAGAUAGUCCAUGUUUUAAAUCGCAAAUCGUCGGAGUAGUUCUUACUGUAUAUGUCAAUAUAUUUGGCGUUCAUCGAUAAAGGACAAAAACAGAAAAAUCCAUAAGAAAAAGAUCAAUAGGAUUUCUAUUGAUCAUCAUCCAUACAUCAAAAUGCCGAUAUGUGACACCCAGUCGCGAUUUUUGCAUUUUAAAACUCGACGCUGACAGGAUAUGAAGGGAGAUGGAUGGAUAAAUAAAGAAAGAUUAAAUAAUUAAUUAAACAAAGUCGUGAUUGAAGGAAGAAAGGAUCUUUUCGCGACGUUCACGAUAUUUUACUUUUUUUAUUCUUUUUUUCUUUUUUAAAUAAUAUAAACUCGUAACAAGAGAAUAGCGCUAGAGUUUCGUGGAUUUAUGAAAACUGUAAUUGGUUUCACACCCUUUUUGUAAUAUCGACGAGAAAUGUUUUCGAAUAAUUUCGGUAGACCGAUCACGAUCGUCUCGCCUCUCGUUUUCCAUUUUCCAUGAUAAGGAAAGAGAGAGAAAGUAUUUAUGUUCCAUCGCGAUAGACACAUAUCCUUAGCCGUCCUAAUAUCGCACUCGUGUAAUAAACUCACUAAUAUCGGUGGAGUCUGGAUAGGACAGAACAAUCAAUGCGUUCGUAAUUAUUUUUAAUAGACUAUAAACUAUGAAUCGAAAGUAUAAAGAGCGUUCGCCGAGUAUUGCUCGGCUGAAUAACGUUCAUUAAUUAAGCCCGACAUAUUAAAUGUUUCCGCGUACGUUCGGGAUGUCCAGCGCGCGCAAAAAUCGCUGAGAAUCGACCGUUCAACUUUGCCGACGUAAUUGGGUGAAAAAAAUAAUAUAGAAGAGAAACUAUGAAACCAAAAAGAAAAAGUAAAAAGAAAGAAGAAAAGUAAAAUGAAAGAAAGAGAAACGUGUGGGGACUUUUCAUAUAAGUCGGGACAAUUGAUCGCGCAGUGGACGUUCGUAUAGUAUUUUAUCGUUCUUUCAGAGAGAUUGAAUAAUCUCUUGCGUAGAUGAAAAAGAAAUAGAAAAUAAAAAAAUAGGAAAAGAAGUAGGAAAAAGAAGAAGCACAUCUGUUGAUACAUUUGUUCGUUGAUCCGAGGACGGAUCGAUGAAUUUACAUUUACAAUUAGACGAAUUAUAGUGUUGAUAUUAUUGAUUAUGAUAAUAUCGAAUAAAUAUGAAAUAUACACAUACAUACACAUACAUACAUAUAUACACAUACAUAUAGAGCGGGACCGAAUUAUCGUUUCAGGGAAAACGAUGGCCGAAAGCAUCAUAUCGUGUGGAAAGUGAUAAGAGUACGUUGCAAAUGGUAUUCAGGGUCGUUAUACUGUCACGCAGAUAUAUGUAUAUAUAUAUAUAUAUAUAUAUAUAUAUAUAUAUAUAUUUCCUAAUUUCGGAUUAGAUUAAAAAAGCCCAAAUUACAGGAAAACGCGAGCGACCGUUUUGAGCAAUUUUGAGCAAAAAUUUUAUAAUAAAGGGGAAAGCAAGUCCACGUACGAAAGUAACAGAAAAUAAAAAGAAUUUUCAAUGAGUAAAUAAAUAAAUCAAACGAGAUAGAACGUCAUGGAUAUUCAAAAUUGCAGUAUACACGUACAAGAUAUCGAUAUACGAGUUAUAUUAUUUUUAAAUCAUUCCAUGAGGACAAUUUCGAUUUCGCGUUUUUUGAUUGAGGUUGUGCAUCAAGGCAUUCUCAAAGCGUAUUUUAAACUUACAAGUUCGAUCCGUCCUUUUUUGUACGGUUUCUUUUCUUUAUCCUACUUCAAUAAAUGCCGAUAUUUUAAUAUGAUUCAGUAUGCUUCUUGGUUCGAUAUAUUCCAAAGAUCAGUGUAACUCGUGGAAUCGAAAUUUUAUUGGCAAAUUCCUAUCGAACGUAAAGAAAAAAAUAAAUUACUUCUUUUUUAGCAAAGUCGCGGGCAUAAAAUAUCACGAACGAAAUGUAUUCUUGAAUUGAUUUUUUUUAGUGAACUCUAUUUUUUGCGCGAUGUAAAUUUUCUGAAUUAUCACGUACACAUGAUGGGUUACAAUGCAACAAUAUGCAAAUUAUAGCACGUAAUAGAGCUUAUCGCAACUUGAUUAAGAAUUUCACCUUAAAAAAGUUAAUGCACGUGAUACGAAACACGAGUCGCGCUGUUCUUAUUUCGUUGGGAUUCUUUAGCGAGAGUAAACCCAUAGUAUUUAGUUUAUUAUUAUUUGCAACAACAAUGUAAAGGUUCGAUAUUUAUUGUGUGUUAAUUAUUUAUUUAUAUUCUUUAUCUUUACAUGGUGUUUUACGUGAUACGUUUUUAAAAAAUUUAAGUCGUUAAAUUUGAUUAUAGUUAUCGAUAUACGUAAAUUAUUACUAUUCAUGUGGUUUUAUUAUAGAUUGAUAUAUAUUCUGACGUGUCUACGUUUACGUCGUAUAUUUCUUUUUUUAUUUUUCUUGUAACUUAGCCGAGCAGCGAUAUUUCGAAUCGACCAUGAGUGAUUAAAUCGAAAAGAAUAGAAACGUUUUUUAAUUUAUUUUAUAUCUUGAAUAUCGUUGAAAAAUGAUUUUUAAUGCUAUUAUUAACUUAUUUAUGUAUUAUAUUAUAUUGAAGCGAAUUCGAAUGCAGUCGCUCAAAGGCUGCUUUCGAAAUUUGUACUUACGGUUAGAAAUGGUAACGAUUAAAAAGGGUAAUGCUUGUUAGACGUUAUUUUCAAAAGUAAUAGAACAGUUUUUGAAGCUGUGAGCCAAACGAGGCCUUACAUCCCAUAUCGAGGUUUCAGGGAAAAUUAUUAACAUUAACGAGCUGAACGUUGAAUAAUCUUGGAGUUCUUCGAACUUCAAUUUUUCUUUACCCCGCUCUUUUUUUUUAUUUUGUUCUCUCCCUCAUUUUCGUGUUUCAUUAAACAUUUUUACCAAAGAGCUCGCUUUAUAGUUAGGAAAGUACGUACAAUGAAACGAAGCGAUGAUAUAUUAUGGCAUAUUUUCUUCGGUAGAACGAACUCGGUCAAAUCAUUGUACACAUAUAUCCCUUGUAUAAUUAUUUAUUCGAAAUUCGAGAUUAAAUUUCUCAUAAUUAAUUCAACGUCGUUUAAAGGGCGAUUGCUUGAUGAAAUAUUUGAAUGAAAUAUAAUAGAAAUCGGUGAGAAGAUCAGUGUGCAAACAAUGCCAAAUAACUUAGUCAAUUGAAACCAAAAGCCUCGUAGGAAAACUCGUUAAUUAAUUUAUCAUCAUUGAAAUUCUUUUUUCCCUUGGGAGAUACACGAUUCGGUGCACGAAUUCGUUUCGUCGAGAAAAGAACGGUUCUCUUUUCGAGUCCGUUUUCGAAAGUAAAGAGUUACUUCGAUUAUCACUUUCCCUUUUUCAUUUUUUUUACUGUACGAACGCGAUUGCUCGAGCGUUGUCGCUCGAAAAGCUAUAUUUGAAAAAAGAUGUAGAAAAAAGAAAGAAAAAAAAAGAGGAAAAAGAAAAAAAAAAUAUCAAUGUAGGAAUAAAACGUACAUAGACCGACGAUCGCGAUAUACAUAUCUAUGAUCCGACGAACGAGCUUUGCCCGUGCUCUGCAUGCAAAUCAUCAAGAAAAUGAUAUAUGUAGGUACCGUACAUAUACAUAUCUCGACGUCUCGUGUGAUUAGCGAAAUUCUCUAGUUUCCCCGAUUGGCCUUUUCGACGAGGGAAAUCGACGAGACCCAAUCGACGAGAACGGUGUAGAUACGAAAGUAUAAUAUAUAUCUGUUCUCCUCUUUGCUUUUUGUAGAGUUUCUAUCACCGUAGUUUGAUAAAAUAUUUCGACAAAGGAGGAAUCAUCGGGAUCGGUGAAAUAUAGUGCGAAUUCAUUCCGUGUAAUCGUAACUGGUUUUCUGUAUUUUAGAUCGUAAGGGAACGUACUCGUUGUCGGCGAUCGACGACGGGUCGUUAGGUUGAAUUUUAAAGUGCUUUACAAGUGAACUAACUCAUAUCAGUAGAUAGUACUGCUAGUAUGUAAUUCUCUAGGGAGUAGCGUUUACGCGUAAAUAAGAAUAUUAGAAUAAUAUAUAUGUAUAUAUAUAUAUAUAUUUAUAUAUAUAUGUAUAUAUAUAUAUUAAAAGUGAAUAUAUAUAUAUAUAUAUACACAAACAUAUGUAUAUGUAUAUACACGUUACGAAAAUAGAAAAAGACGCAGAGAGAGAGAGAGAGAGAGAGAGAGAGAGAGAGAGAGAGAGAAAGAGAGAAAAAAUAUAUAAAAGAAAAAAUAAAAACACACACAUAUACAAACACAAACUUGCGUAUAAUGAAGAGAAAAAUAUGUACAUUGUCUAUCAGAUAUUUUGUACCGUAAUAAGGAAACAAAGAAAAAUAAAAAGGAGAAGGAAAGGGAAAAAGAAAAUAACAAGAUUACAAAGAUAAUGAAAGAACGAUGCAAGUAGGAGAGGAAAGAGGAACUAUUCUAACGACUCCAUUACUUUUUUUUUCUUUUGUACAAUUUAUUGCAAUAUCAUUAUGGUGUAAAUUACGUUAACAUAAAAAAUUUUCGUAAAAAAUUUACGUAAGCACAAUUGCUAUGCGAAAAUAUAGAUAUGUGAAAAUAAGAUAAACAAAUUCGAUAGAAAGCGUGUAAAAAGUUCACACAUACAGACACAUAUACAGGCAUACACAUGCACACAUACAACAUACAACACAGAUAUAAACGUACACAUAUUACGCGAUAAAGAUUUUUCGCAAUGAUGUGAAUCGGUAUCGCUGGAAAGAGAUAAAUGAUGCGUGAAUUCGCACCAAUGAAAUGUAUUUUCCAUAAAAGCAGUUCACAAAAAAACGUUUGUUAUCGCAUCGAUCUCGAGUGAUAGUCGAUCUGUCAACACGAUUACAUGAUAUGAGACGAUUACUAGAUAACAUCGUCUUAUGCAGGACGUUUACCUUUCGCGACGAUUUUUGUCAACGUUCAAUGUCGUUCAUCAUAAGCCGAAAGCCUUCAGAGAAAAAUAUAUGAAUGAAGGAGCAUAAGAAGUAAAAAAUGAGAAACGAGAAAUAAAGAAAAUAGAAAAUUACAAAAUGGAACGUCUUGCGUUCUACAUUGAAGAUCGUCUUACAAAAUCCUCUGCUUUUCUUGCUACAGGCUAUCGACCAAGAUGUGUUGAAAUGCGAUGGAAAGGGUUGUGUUUGAAAAGGUUGAAUGGUCGUGAAUAAAAGAAAAGCAGAAAAAAGAAAACGCGUGAGAUCGUUCUAGUUUGCACUUGUAUAUAUCUUCGAAGAAGUUUUAAAGAAAAUAAAAGAGGAUAAAAAGUAGAAACCUGGGGUACUCGAGGUUAUCUACCCUCGAGUUAGUCGAGAUCGAACUUCGAAAGAAUAUAUUCUUAACCAAAGAUUAGCAACGUAUGUAUAUCCUUCCAAAGAUUAUAAGAGCGAGAGGAAAGAGAAAGAGAGAAAUAACGAAGAAGAAUAACAUAAAAGUGAAGAAAAGGCGAAGUGAUAAAUGUUGAAAGGAAGAUAACUUAGAACACAAAAGUUUUAUCUGUUACAAUCGAAGAAAGAAAUCUCGAUCGUUUAUCGUUUCAUCGAUCGUGAGUGUCGAUCCCAACGAAAUUCAUCGAUUAAUUCGAAAUAAAAAAAGCACCUUUCUCUUCCUUUUUUUUCUUUUUUUUAGGUAAGGAUCAGUAAAAAGUAGCGGGAGGAAAAAACUCGCGAUUGACGAUUUAGAAAAAAAUUUUGUCUUUGGCUCGGUAAAUAAUAAAUUGCUAGCUAAUAAAUAAAAAUUGGAUAAUAGUUUGAUAGUCGAUCGGCAACGAUUAGAUCUUUCCAAAGUUUUAUACAAAAUUAUAGAUACACCCUUUUGAGAUUCAAAAUACGCGUCUAGUUUGCGAUAUUUUAAACUCAAGAAGAAUGCGAGCCUUAUAGCUAAGUUUUUAAGUUUUUCGAAAUCUACGAACCGAGCUUAACAAGCGAGAUAAGUCAUUAAUACAUAUCGUUAUAUUAACGAAGAUAAAAAGUCGAGUCAUAUUAGCUCGUUUAUAAAGGCACGAGCAUUUAGGCGGACCGAAUAUUGAAAAAAAAAUGCUGACACGUAAAUUUUUUUUAAUUUUUUUCUUUUUUUUUUUUUUCUUUACUAUUUCCUAAUGUAAGAAUCUACGAAGAAAAUUUUAUCAUAUAUAUUAUAUUAACGAUUACUGUGAAACUAUAUAGUAUGGUGGUUGUGCGUAGUUCAACGUAUUUAGAAAAAGAAACUAGCCUUUUGGAGAUUUAAUCAGAAAGAAGCAUUUAAUUGCUUGGGGUUCAAUCGACGAAACAGAUAUCAGUAUUAUUCUUACACUAUUCCGUCGAGAUCCGUCGUGUUCUUAUUUGAACAACUACAGUGAAACUCAUCGAAACGAUCUAACAAGGCAGAAACAACAAAAAACACAACGUCCAGGAGUGUCGUCGUAUAUCACGAAUGUUCAAUGAUGUUCGUCUAUCAUUCCAAGGGCAUAUUUUUUAAACCGAGUUCUGUGUUCCCAUAGCGUGCACAGUGUACGUCUAUUUUCGCUGUUUUUCUUUAUGAUUAUGAAUAACAUUAGAUGCAUUAUAUUCUGUUGAUACUAUUAUUACUUACGUAAGUAUCGAUCACGAAUGAUCGUUAUCAUAUGUGGCAAGAAAAGAAAUAGAAAAAAGAAAAAUAGAAAAAUGACAAUUAUCAUUUUUGUUUUAAACUUCAGCUCCAAUUAAAGAGCAGGUCCAUUAAGCGUUUAUCGGCGUACACAUGCUCUUCCGUUCAUGAGAACGAAAGCACGCUCAUCCUGCAUAUUUUCUCGGAAAAUGAACAUUUUUUUAUUUUAAAUCUAAGAUUUAGCGUCUAAGAUUUUUCUAGGAAUUUCGUUCCUACUUAUAUAAAGUUGUACGAAAAAAAUUAUGGAAAGUAUGAAAAGUGGGCUAAAAUUUCGAGUGAUUAUGAAUGUAUUAUCAAUGUAAGAACGAUUACUAUUAUAUUAUAUAUAUAUAUUAUAUAUAUACAUAUGUAUAUAUAUAUGUAUAUGUAUACAUACAUAUGUAAUAUAUUCUUUAUAUAUGUACAAAUCGAAAAAGUUCGCGUCAGGCAGGCACAGCGAUUCUUUGCGUAUCAGGUAAACAUCACGUGAUUAUGAAUAGCUAAUUCAUCAAUCAUUUAUGCGUAGGCAUCCGACGAUCAUAAAGCUAUUUGAUUGCGAUACUUUUUUAUUGUCUUGUUAAUGUCUAUGUUUAAACCAAAGCCAUUUCAAAGCAUGUUAAUUUAUGUUAACGAGAAGUACCAAGUAUUCGGUAGAGAUCGAUGUAACGCGAAGUAUGAAUUGUAAUUCUUAACUCGAUAUGAGCUGAAUGAAAUACUCAUUCACAUUCGUAAAGAUCUUUAUGCUCGUCACCAGAAUAAUAUCGAUUCGAUUUAUUUAAGCAAAACAGGUUAAACAGCGAGAUUUCCCGGAUAAACGAAGGAACGAUAAAAAAAUAAUAAACUUGUUGUUUGUUUCGGAAAAUAUAGGAUACGCUUGCGAGGAAGUUAAUGAAUGGAUUGUGAUAUACAUACAUAUACAUACCACAUACAAAGCAUCGCAUACCGGCAGUAUAUUGUACGCAGUUAAUAACCGAAUUUGAACGUCCAAAAGGAGUAUUUAUGAGAUAAAUAAUUUAUUAACGUGUUCGUUCGAAGUCGUUCAUUCGACGUCGAUCUUCACGCGCGGAGUUCAUGCGUUGCAAUAUCGUCAUAUACUAUACAUAUCUAUACGUAUCUAGGUACAUACAAGCAAACAGACACACACACACACAUAUAAUAUAUAGAAUUUCUCUGCUUUUAAGUAGUUUUGAAGUAACAUUCAACGACCAAAUAUACAAUAUUUCGUAUUAAACCAUUGCGAGUCAAGAAACCAAAGUUCUCUCUACUCCUCGAUAGCGGUCAAACGAUACACUUGUCAGCUGUUAUAAGAUUUAAUCUAUUCGUCGAUGAUGUUUCUCCGCGCGUAGAUACUCUAAUAAGAAGCUAAAGAAAAGAAGACAAAAUAAGACAAGACAAGACAAGACAAGAAAGAGAUCACAGUAAUAAUCAUGAAUUCAAUAAUAUGUCACAAGCAUAUACAUAUUUUGAAUGAAAGUAUGAUGAAAGGGCAAUUAAUAGACCAUUGAAUGGAUAUUUUUUAUACUCUUAAAGUGGAAAAUAAUACAUACAUACAUACACAAAUACAUGGACACAUAUACAUAUGAUAGUUAACAUUUAAGAUCGGACAGUAUAUAUGAUAGGGUUGAAAUUUAGGAGAUCAUGGGAGGAGAAGUUAAAAACAAAAAAAAAAUAUAUAAAUAGGUAAACAAAGCAGAGGAAGAAAAUUUGUAAAGAAAGUACCGUCUACGCAUACAGAAAUAGCAAUGAUCACGAUACUGAUACUAAUGACAAUGGAUUGGGGUAGGAUUAUUUUUUAUCCAACUCGCGAAGUAGGAGGUAACGCUCAUACGAGAGGGAAUUUUGAAUUUGAAUGCAUGAUCGAGUGACUUGCGUCGUUUCGUAAUCGUAUCUUAAUGAAUGCGUAAUAGCAGGUUUGAAUUAGUUUAGGGAACGUUUUGAGAACGUAUAUUCUUGCAAAGAAAAGAGUUGGUAAUGGGACAGAAAGAUUAUGCGAUGGAAAGGAAUAGAGAGAAAGAAAUAACUUGUGAAUGAAUCUUAAAAUCGAAGUAGCGACGACGACGACGACGAUGUUGACGUUGAUGAUAAUGAUGACAAUGAUGAUAAUGAUGAUGUCGAUCAUGCUGAUGCUGAUGCUGAUGAUGAUAAUGAUGAUGAUAAUAAGUAAUAUUAAUAACCAGUAGGAAUAAUCGAUAGUAAUAAAUUGUAGCAGCUUUCUGUGUAAGGUUAUUGUGAUAUCUAAGUAAUGGUAACUUUACCGUAGCGAUAUAAACUAAAGAGAAAAAGAAAUACACUCGACACACACACAUACACACACACACACACACAUACACAGACACAGACAAAAACAUAUACAUAUUGAUACAGAAACAUAAGAAUCUGAUAUAUUAGCGAGCGUAGGAGUAAAAUAAUUAAGCAGUAUGUCGACGAGGCUCCGAGCGCUGCCUCUUCAAUGGAAAAAAAAAGAAAAAAAGAAAAAAACAAUGAAAAAAAAAGAAAACGGUCGAUUCGCCACGAGAGAUAGUAAAGUAUAUAUAGCGGUGGGUGUCUCGAUAUAGCCGUUUCUCUCUCUUUUUUCUUUUUCUUUUCUUUCGUGCUUUUUCUUUUAUUGUUUUGUUUUUCUUUUUCCUUCUUAUUUGUCAUCUUUUUCGAGGACGAGGUUCGACACGACAAUCCGAGGCCUCGUCAAGUACUACCGGACACGCGAGGACCUUCCGAGCAUUUCGCGAAUAGCGAUUGUAUCGGCUGAUUAUCGUGUUUUAUCUUGAAAAUUCAAUUUUUGUUUAUCCUUUAGAAUAUUUCCUGUUUCCUUUUUCUUUUUUUUCUUCCGUCGUUUUUCUCUUACGACGACGAUAUAUGACCUAUAUAUGUCUACUCCUUUCAAGAAAGCAAAAAUUUGAACGAAAUUGUCGAUCAUUUCUCGGAAUGUCCACGUCGUGUCUGGAUCAAUCCGUCCAAACAUGUCUCGCGCCGAGGCAUUUGCACAAAAGCGUGCAUAUUAAUCAUUGGGACUACAAAAACAUAUCAUCGUAUAUAAUAUUACUAUAUAUAUAUAUAUAUAUGUAUAUGUAUAUAUAUAUACAUACAUAUAUAUAUACAUAUAUAUACAUAUAAACAAAAAUUAUUAAGCAAUAAGAUUUUAUUUAUAUGCCCGUAAAAAAAGUCGAAGUAAUAAGAUUAACAACAACAAAAAUAAAUAAAUAAAUAAAACCAUUAAACAUUACAUAUCAGUACGUGUGUCUGGGCAAGGAUUAGCUUACAUAUAUAUAAAAAUAAAUAAAUAAAUAUAUAUAUAAAUAUAUAUGUAUAUAUAUAUAUAUAUAUAUAUAUAUAUAUAUAUAUAUAUAUAAUCUUUACUUCGUCGUUGUCAGGCGUUAAUGUUAAACUUAAUUAUCAUUAAUUAAUUAUUAGAUUAUGAAAGAAUAUCUUCAGGUUCUAAGCAACAUUUGAAAAUAAUAAAACGUGCAAAUACGUAA